UAAAGUGACGUAACGGUUGAAAGGGAAAUUCAUUGAAUACCUGGAUUACAGUGAUAAUGGGCUAGGCUGCUAUGUUGAUCAUCUACCUGCUGUAUUUACAUACCUAUAUAUAUGAGAUCCCCGAAGCAGUAAAAACUGGAAAUCUUAAUAUGAAACUUUAAAAAUUGUUAAUGAAAUGUACAGUAACCCAAUGUGUAAAAGAAUGUACAUAUAUGAAUUGUUGCGAGGAAUAAAUAGGAAGGACGCACCGAUGCACGCAUAUACUUUAUAACCGGAUUGAGGUGACACAGUACGAUACAUGUAAACAUAUUAAGUAGACACCUCUCAGAAGUGUUCUUCAAUGGAGGCUGGUAGCAGGUGCGCGGUGAUCACGGGUGGGGCCCAGGGUAUAGGGAGGGCCCUGGCGGAGGAACUGCUCAGAAAUCAGUACAAGGUUUGCAUUUUGGAUAUGAACAAAGAUGCCGGAGAGAAGGCCCAAACUGAACUGAACAAAGCUUUCGGUGAUGGAUCCAUAUUCUUUUUCGCUUGCGACGUAACUAAGAAUUCCGAUUUAGAGAGUGCCGUAGAGCUGUGUAUAGAAUCUUUAGGCCGCAUAGAUGUUUUUGUGAACAAUGCAGGGAUUGUGAAUGAAUAUAAUCCCUCCCUAACCGUCAGUGUGAACUUGACAGCUGUCAUUCAAGCCUGUGGUAUCGUGACUGAGCACAUGCGCAAAGAUAAAGGCGGAAGUGGUGGCACCAUCAUCAACGUCAGCUCGAUUGCAGGGCUAGUGUCAUUACCAUUUAUACCUAUCUACUGUGCCACAAAAAGUGGUGUUCUAUCCUACACAAAGGCAGUAGCAAAACAAGCUGAAAUAGCGGCCCAAGGCAUCACCCUUAGUUGUAUAUGUCCCGGUUUUACUGACACGGCUUUUGUUCAGAAUUUAGAGGACAAGAUGCCAGAUUUCUCAACAGCCCAUAAAGCAAUAGAACACACUGGGUUGCUGAAAGUUAAAGCUGUGACGGACGGGAUUCUGAAACUGAUUAAAGACCAGAAAAAUGGCAGCAUCUUAAAAGUGUCUGCAAAUGGAGCUGACUAUGUGCCAGAGUGAUCAACUUUUUCCUUGCUUACUUGUGUACAUACAUGUUGUCUUCACUAUCUGUUUUAUAUUUAUCACAGUAAUAAAAUGAAAUAUAUAAGCAUGAAAUUUAA